AUGCAGCGGUGGUACGAACCGCACGCCAAGAGCCCCCAGCUACUCCCUGGGCAUCCAGAUAUCGAUUUGCAUGUUCUUCCUGGAAUCACUAAACUUCACGUUUCAUAUGCAGUACCAAAACACAAAACGCCGUGCCAAAACAAUGCAAGGACGCGAGGCGCGCACCGCACGUGCCGCCUCGCUCGAGGGCACCUCAGUACUGACGGAUUCGUUCAGAAAUCGGACGGUCGACGCGGAGUGUGUCAGAGCGAGUCGGCUGCGAUGCAUUCGCAAGCCCGGGAUCCUGAUUCUGCUAUUUACACUCGCUUGUAG